AUGUUGUUUAAGUCUCUUUCAAAGUUAGCCACCGCUGCCGCUUUCUUUGCUGGCGUUGCAACUGCGGCCGAUGUCCCAGCAAUUGAAGUUGUCGGUAACAAGUUCUUCUACUCUAACAACGGCAGUCAAUUUUACAUAAAAGGUGUUGCUUACCAAGCUGAUACCGCUAAUGAAACCACUGGAUCCACUAUCAACGAUCCUUUGGCCAAUUACGACAGCUGCUCCAGAGAUAUUCCAUACCUUAAAAAACUGAACACAAAUGUUAUCCGUGUCUACGCCAUCAAUACCACUCUAGAUCACUCUGAAUGUAUGAAAGCUUUGAACGAUGCUGACAUCUAUGUGAUCGCAGACUUAUCAGCUCCAGACACUUCUGUCAAUAGAGACGAUCCAGCUUGGACUGUUGACUUGUUUAACAGCUAUAAGACCGUUGUUGACAGUUUUGCUAAUUACACUAACGUUUUGGGUUUCUUUGCCGGUAAUGAAGUUACCAACAACUACACUAAUACCGGCGCAUCUGCUUUUGUGAAAGCAGCUAUUAGAGACGUCAGACAAUACAUUAGCGACAAGAACUACAGAAAAAUUCCAGUUGGCUACUCUUCCAAUGAUGACGAAGAUACCAGAGUCAAGAUGGCAGAUUACUUCGCUUGUGGUGAUGAUGAUGUCAAGGCUGACUUCUAUGGUAUUAAUAUGUAUGAAUGGUGUGGUAAAUCAGACUUUAAAACUUCCGGUUAUGCUGAUAGAACUGCAGAAUUUAAAAACCUGUCUAUUCCGGUUUUCUUCUCUGAAUAUGGUUGUAAUGAAGUUACACCAAGAUUAUUUACCGAGGUUGAAGCUUUGUACGGCUCUAACAUGACAGAUGUCUGGUCUGGUGGUAUCGUUUACAUGUACUUCGAAGAAACUAACAAAUACGGUUUGGUUAGUAUUGAUGGUAAUGAUGUUAAAACUUUGGACGAUUUCAACAACUACUCCUCUGAAAUCAACAAAAUAUCCCCAACAUCAGCUAACACCAAGUCUUACUCUGCAACAACGAGCGAUGUUGCUUGUCCAGCUACUGGUAAGUACUGGUCUGCCGCAACAGAUUUACCACCAACUCCAAAUGGAGGUUUGUGUUCAUGUAUGAAUGCAGCCAAUAGUUGUGUUGUCACUGAUGACGUUGAUUCUGACGAUUAUGAAACCUUAUUCAACUGGAUUUGUAAUGAAGUCGACUGUAGCGGUAUUUCAGCAAACGGUACUUCCGGUAAGUACGGUGCUUACUCCUUCUGUACUCCAAAGGAACAGUUAUCUUUCGUUAUGAAUUUGUACUACGAGAAAAACGGUGGCAGCAAAUCUGACUGUAGCUUCAGCGGUUCUGCCACCUUGCAAACUGCUACCACGCAAGCUAGUUGCUCCUCAGCUUUGAAGGAGAUCGGCAGUAUGGGUACUAACUCUGCAUCCGGUAGUGUUGAUUUGGGCUCCGGUACUGAAUCCAGUACUGCCUCUUCCAAUGCUUCCGGCUCUUCUUCGAAGUCCAACUCUGGUUCUUCUGGUUCUUCCAGUUCUUCUUCUUCAGCAUCAUCUUCGUCUUCUAGCAAGAAGAAUGCUGCUACCAGCGUUAAAGCUAACUUGGCACAAGUAAUUUUCACCUCAAUCAUUUCCUUGUCCAUUGCCGCUGGUGUCGGUUUUGCUUUGGUUUAA